UUUCCAAUAAUUCAUUUUUGAGGCUAGCCUGAAAUACAAGUUUUAUUCGCACGCAGCACUCGUUUUUCUAUGUCAAAGAAAUUUUCGUCGUAAUCAGAGCUCGAUCGCCGACUACUUAUGAUCGUAGGAAAAAUUGAUCUAGUACGAUCGAACAAAGCGGCGAAGGACUGGAUCAAAAAUGCCAGGAAAGCUAACGAUGCUAAAAUGCUGAUUGGAUCGAAAGCUCUGAAACAAAAUGAUAAUUAUUGAUUGAUAGUUUAUGCCGAACCAACCGAACGAUUCAGUGAUCGGUGACGACGAUGUAUUCGAGGAGGAUGAUGAUAUGCGUCCUCAGGUCGUCGGAGUUGUGAAGAAGAAACAGACUCGAGAUAAGAGUCUUGCGUCUGAAGGAGAUAACGGCGUAUCUGUAUUUACUGAUAAGCGCAGGCUAAACUCCACCGGACUGAUAACAGGAUUGGCAGUCAUGGCGUCUCCACGGCCUCAGUCACCCCGUCCAGCUCCAAUUUCGGCAAAAAAAGAAGAUAAAGAAGAGAGCUUUUGGGACAAAAUUGGUACACUUGGCAGGAAGAAGCGUAUAAAGGAGGUGCAAGAGGUACAAGAAGAGGGCAAGCAUGCAAUUGAAUCACCAGGUUUUGCUGCUAUGGUAGAUAUGCCACCAGAGGACUACAAUCUGGAUGAAAAUGAAGAGCGAUCCAUGAUUGCUCCAAAAAGUUUAGAGGUACCCAAAGUCAGGGAACUAAUCCAAGUGUUGAUUGAGUGGAUCAACGAUGAACUGGCUGAUCAGAGGAUAAUUGUUAAGGAUAUCACAGAGGAUUUAUAUGAUGGACAGGUUCUACAGAAACUACUUGAAAAAUUAACAGGUAGUAAAUUAAAUGUUCCUGAAGUUACACAGUCAGAGGAAGGACAGCGACAUAAAUUGUCAGUAGUCUUGAAUACAGCUAAUCGAGUGUUGGACUGUUAUCCUCCUUACAAGUGGAGUGUUGAGUCAAUUCAUUCAAGGAAUAUUGUAGCCAUUCUUCAUCUUCUGGUCAGUUUGGCUCGUCAAUAUCGUGCUCCAGUCAGGCUGCCUGAGUUGGUUUCUGUUUUCGUCGUCGUGGUCACAAAGAAGGAUGGCCAACUCAUCCAUAGAACCGUUAAGGAAGAAAUCACUUCGACUUACGACGAUCUGGGAAUGCGCUGCGAACGCGAUGCUUUCGAUGCUCUCUUUGACUGUGCUCCGGAAAAAUUGGCUGUCGUUAAGAAGUCGCUCGUAACAUUCGUUAAUAAGCAUUUGAGUAAAGUGCAUCUAGAGGUGACAGAUCUUGAUAAUCAGUUUCACGAUGGCGUUUUUCUCAUUUUACUUCUGGGUUUGCUUGAAGGAUUUUUCGUACCAUUGGGCAGCUUUCACUUGACCCCAAAAACACACGAACAUAAAGUUCACAAUGUUGCGUUCGCUUUUGAACUCAUGCAAGACAUUGGGCUUCCUAAACCAAAAGCUCGUCCAGAAGAUAUCGUAAAUUUGGAUCUUAAAUCGACAUUACGUGUAUUAUAUAAUUUAUUCUCCAAAUACAAAGGUAUAAAUUAGAAUAAAAUAUAUGAUUCAUUGUAAAAGAUUUUUCGAAGGUAAACAUAUCUUUUUGAAGUACUUUUGCAAAGCUUGCAUAAUAGAUCAUAUUAUGAAGCUACUCGAAUUUCUAAUGUAAGGCAUAUUUAUGCGGAAUUUAUACUGCAAAAUUAUUUACUAACCAAAGAUGUCUUUUAUAAUUAACUGCCGCUACGUUGCAAAACAUAAUUUAUUUAGAUGGUUGAAAGUAUAUUAAAGUGAACGUGCCUUAUUAUUAAUUAAGACAAUAGACAAAUUUUACUAGGAUUUCAAUGUGAGGAUGCAUAGAAUGUAUUGUACUCUAGUUUUAAAUUCACUUAUGUUUGUCAAUGUACAAAAUCUUUGAUAUAUUAUAUAACAAUGCAUGUUAUUUUAAGUACUUAUUCAUUUCGGAAUAAUAUAUCAUUUUUAUUUCAUAAAUUUAUUCAGAUGUUUUUUUCUAUUUAUUAAUAUAAUGGAUGAUUAUGUUUAUAGUUUUUAUUAACUUAAAAUAUAUAUAAAAGAGAAAUUGUUGAUUUCUCUGGAAUUAUAUUUAAUAUCCUCUUCAUUUCACUCCACAAAGCGGAAGUUUCGCCGACAUCAAUGUGCAUUAGACAGCAUAAAUACUU